GCUACUUUCAUUCGGCUCACUGAGGUUUCAACUCGCAUCACGAGAGUCUGUCCGUCCGUCUGUCAUCUGUUACCUGAUGAAGAUGAUGCUCAUGUACACCUGUCUGCUUGGAUUGCUGGUCUGCGGCACUCAAGCCUUGCUUCAGGUGUCCAUAUCGCUUAAUAAAGUGGAGCUGAGUGUUGGAGAGUCCAAAUUCUUCACCUGCACAGCCAUUGGUGAGCCAGUUAGCAUAAACUGGUUUAAUCCUCAAGGUGAACGCAUCAUCUCAAACCAGCGAGUGGUGGUCCAUACAGAAGGAGUGCGGUCUCGAUUGACAGUCUACAACGCCAUCAUCGAGGAUGCUGGGAUAUAUCGCUGCCAGGCUGUGGAUGCUACAGGACAAACCCAGGAGGCCACGGUGGUGCUCGAGAUCUAUCAGAAGCUGACGUUUCGUGAGGUAAAGACCCCACAGGAGUUUCGUCAGAGCGAGGAUGCUGAGGUCAUCUGUGAUGUCAUCAGCUCACCUGUACCUGCCGUCUCCUGGUUCUACAAGAACAGAGAAAUCACAUCCGAUCCCAACAGCAGGCUUCACGUCCUGCCCAACAACAACCUCCAGAUCAUGAAAGUGACUAAAGCGGAUGAGGGGGUGUACCGCUGUGAGGCGCGAGUGGAGGCCCGGGGAGAAAUUGAUUUCCGGGACAUUGUUGUGCUAGUCAACGUUCCUCCGGUUCUGACUGUACCUCAGCAGGCCUUCAACGCCACAGCGGACUAUCAGGAGUCCGUCACCUUCACCUGCAUCACCUCAGGCUCUCCGGACCCUCAGGUGACCUGGUACUGGAAGGGUCACGUGAUCGAACGCUCGGAGCAGUACCUGUUAAACUCUCUGGACAGGGGAAAAAGCACACUGACGGUUAAAAACAUCCGACAGGGGGACGGAGGACCCUACACGUGCCGAGCCAGCAACAAAGCUGGGAGUACGGAGAGUCAACUCUUCCUCAAAGUCUUCGUUCCGCCUCACAUCACUCAGUUACGGAACGUGACGGCGGUGGAGGGAAGCGCUGCUAUGGUUUCCUGUACAGCUGAAGGUGAACCUGUGCCUGAGAUCUCAUGGAGAAGAGCCAGUGAUGGACAGACAUUCAAAGAUGGAGAUAAGAGUCAGGACGGCCGUGUGGAGGUACUCGGACGGCACGGGAAGUCCACGUUGACAUUCAGUGGCGUGCAGCUCUCAGACUGGGGUCGCUUCGACUGCGAGGCCCUCAGUAGGAUCGGAGGCCAUCAGAAGAGCAUGUUCCUGGAUAUCGAAUAUGCGCCAAAGUUCCAGACCAAUCAGACCAUCUUCUACUCGUGGGAGGGAAAUCCAGUGAACAUCAGCUGUGACACCAGGUCCAACCCUCCAGCGACGAUGCUCUGGAGAAGAGAUCGCUUUACCAUCUCCAGCCAGGGGACGAGCAACAUAAAGAUCCACACCGCAGAGGGCCGCUCCAUUCUGGAGGUCACUCCAGUGUCCGAUAGGGAUUUCGGGCGCUACAACUGCACAGCCAGAAACAACAUCGGCGCUCGAUACCAGGAGUUUAUAUUAGCACAGGCAGAUGUCCCUUCGAAUCCGACCUCCGUCAGACUGACCUCCAUAUCCCAACGUCUCGCAACUGUGACCUUCACGAAGCCCGACUCACACGGAGGUGUUCCCAUCAGCUAUUACAUCAUCCAUUACAAAGACAUAAACUCACCCGAUUGGAGGACAGUGAGAUCACACGGAGUUCAGACUACAGUCGCCCUGGCCAACCUUGAGCCCAACACCACGUAUGAGGUGAGGGUGGCGGCAGUGAACGGAAAGGGUCAGGGAGAGUUCAGCCGCACGGAAAGCUUCCAGACGCUUGCCAUACGUGAGCCGAGUCCUCCUACAGUACACGGACAGAGAGGUGUCGGUAAAGCCUACAGACUCGGUCUGAUCAAACAGGAUGAUGGUGGAAUGCCCAUCGUGGAGUACAUUGUGAAGUACAAAACGGAAAAGGAGGAACAGUGGAUGACCAAAUUGGUUCCCGGCGUGAACGACGUCGCCGUGUUACAGCCGCUUCAAUGGAACACGCGAUACAACGUGGAGAUCACGGCACGCAAUCUGAAAGGCCUGUCGGAACCCACCUUCUUCCAGUUCCUCAUGCCUCAGAAACCAGACAUCACAGCAGAUUCACUGUUCAGUGGUCUCGGUCUGGGUGCUGUGGUGGGUCUGGGCGUCACCGGCGUUCUCCUGCUUCUGGUGUUGGUGGACGUCAGCUGUUUUUUCCUGCGUCAGUGUGGACUGCUCAUGUGCAUCAGCCGUAAGUUCUGCAGCAAGAAGACAGCCACCGGCAGCAAGAGCAAAGAGCUGGAGGAGGGCAAAGCAGCGUACCUGGGAGAUGGGUCGAAGGAGCCCAUUGUGGAGAUGAGAUCUGAAGAGAGAAUAACAAAUCAGCAGGACGGCAGUCCAGUUCUCGAACCCAGUGAGACAACUCCACUGACCGAACCCGAGAAACUCCCUCUAAAGGAAGAAAAUGGCAAAGACGUGCUUAAGCCGGACUUAAUCGAGAUCAAAGUGCAUGGCGACCACAGUCUUCACAUGAAACAGGACGACGGUCAAGCGUAAUGGAAGAGACAUUCCCAGCCCACCGGAACUGAGACCAAACGAGAAUAUAUAUAAAUAUACACAGUAUAUAUAUAUAUAUAUAUAUAUAUAAAAAAAGAAAAGAUGAUGGGGAUCUUCAGAUUGAUGGGCGUGUAAAUAUGUUAAAAUAUACAGAGAGACAGUUCAGUUUUUUGUGAUAAAUCUAUGAUGGUCUUUCUAUUCGAGGCUCUUGCACAUUCGGUUGCCGUUUCCGUCUCGGGCCUUUUUCUGUUUUGGUAGCGUCCUGAACACACAAAACGGAGGACUAGCGCUGAAAUGUGCAGAUUUUACUUCUCUUUUCCAGGCAUGUGGAGUGAGAGUCGAGUCCGCUGAGACAUCUGUGUCGUCUUAUAUAGUCUUGAUUAUUUCAGGCCAUCUUCAUCUAUACGUUUGAAGACUUCAUCUGUUCGAGUGUUUCUGUGAAAUCCGUGGAGAAUUCAACACAGCGUCCCUUAAAAAUGAGCCAAUGGUUUGAAUUCACAGCCUGCCUUUAUUCUGGUCUCCUCUGAGAGACGUGUCGUCUUAUAUUCACUUCGACUGCUGACCGUCACAUUGGUUUGAAGGUUUCAUCAAACGUUUGUAACGUCUGUAACGUUGACGAAACUCGCAAAACAAAUCCGGUCAAAACUUUAGUGACUUAACAGUUCUUCUUUAACUGCCAUGACUCCAGAUGAAGUGUGUGUGUGUAGGUGUGUGUGUGUGGCCAGAAAUAUACUGUACUUUACACAAAUAGAGACAUGAAUGUUUGGACAACGAAAUGCAAAGUGCUUUAGGUGCUGUAGGGGGCGAUAGACUAAUGUUAUUCAUGUAACUAAACAUGUCAACUUCGCAGCAAGAUUCUUCUCAAACUGGUGCUCUGGUGCACCAAUAUCUCAUCAGUGAAAGAAAACCUGAGUCAUUUUACAAUCGUAAAUUGUAAAAUUGAUGAAUGAACAGUCUGCAUUGGAUCUUGCGUGUGAUACGAUGCCGUCACAUGAAACACACGUGUACACUCAAACAUGUUGGUGGUUGACAAAUAAACUAUAAAUUCACACACAAAAAAACAAACAAAUAAGAUAAAUCUAAUUAUAAAUAAUAUAAAUAUUAAUCAAAUAAAAUAUUAUGAACAGUUUGUUUUCUUCUUCUCUGCUGUGUCACACCAUAUGACACAAGAACGGUAUAUUUGUCAGUAACCCAUGUACAGUAUGUUUCUGGUGAGUGUUUGCCACCUGAACCACUUGAGUUAUUAUAUUUGAUAUAUUUUACUAUAGUUCUGACCUAUGUGUACAUACAGUACCUGAGUAUGCCGUAGUCUUACUGUAAGAGUUCCCAGAAAAUGAAGAAUAAUGUUGCAGUUGAUUCUUUUCUGUAAGUAUUCCAUAAGAUUAAGUUAUUAAGUGAAAUAUGCAGCAGGGCGUUAUCUAGCAAAUCCGAAUCAUGUCUCGCUUACGAUUAUCAUCAAAUCAAAUUCCUUCGUCUUUGGUCCAAGAAAUUUUGUUUUGAUUUAUAAUUAUUUGGACGAGAUUGAACGUUUAGUACUUACGUAUUAUUCGACAUUCACUCAAAGCGAUUCAUCUAUAUAAAUCUUUUGGUUUCUCACGGACGUUAGUAAUGUCGGACAUAAUUCAAACUCUUUGAUUCGAAGUCACGUUACUUUGCACACAUUUUUGAGCACUUUUGUCGAUUGGUGAACUUUAACGUGAAAUCUUGUGUGUUCAUUGUUUUUUCGUUUAAAGCUGUAAAUCUGUAACAUUUUGUUCAAAAAAAUCAAGCAAGUACGUAAAAAUAUGUGUCACGAACUGUCUGCUUACCGUACCGUGAUUCACAAAGAUAAGCUUCUAAUAAUAAUUUGAGCUGUUUGGUCAGAUUUUGCAGGAAAAUGUCACUUCGACGUCAUUAGCUCAUAAUUUAUGCAAUUCACGUUUCAAUCAGAGAUGGCGAUAAAGAGACAAAAGUUUCUGACUGUAGCUCUCUAAUCUACCGAAACUACAUUUUUAGAAUGACUGAUUUGUGUGACAAGUAAGCUGUUAUAAAAAAUAAAACAAUUAUUUCUAGAAACAAUGCAAAAUACAAUUUCAUGGCAUGUCAGAAAUAUGGUAUUUUGGGGAAGUAGAAUAAAUUCAUUUUUUACCCUCAACAUUGAUUUUUAUUUAAAGGCUCUGUUAAUUUCAUUUUUAUUUACAUUUAUGCAUUCGGCACACCUUUGUAUACAGAAUUAUUCAUUUUUUUCCUGCAAUGCCCCACCAACUGAGCUAUACAGGAACAUCAGGUUAUUUCAUAUUUAUUAUUUUUCUGAACAAUAAAAAUAGUCUUUCUUUUAUAUUCAUAUUCACAGUACUGUAUCUGACACACACACACAACUCCUGUGAAUUUCUGUUCAAGUGUUCUAUGCAUCUGUCAUCUCUCCUGUGAAUCCGUUAUUUUGAUGUUAGGACUUUGAUCUUGUGUGUAUCACAGGUUUUUUUGUUUACAGGAAACAGCAGAAAUCUGACUUUACCACUGGAACGCUGUAAUUUACACCUGUAAAUAAAUGUGUCCUGC